AUGCCAUUCUUCGGUUGGAUGAAAUGGUCAAAGAAUGAUCCUGACAAGGCCACUCAGUACCCUGGAUCAGAAGUUGUAACCAAGACUUUGCUAAGAGAGCUACAGUGGCACCUAGGAGAGCGUGAAAGGUUACUGCACGAGAUAGAAAACGAGCAGAGGGUGCAGAAAACAGGAGUGGAUUACAACUGGCUGAGAAAUGAUUACAGCUUGAAGCCAAGCAUCCCCGUUACGGAACAAAAGCAGCUGGAAGUUCUAUGCUCCCAGAUUCAGCCAUGCCACACAGGGACAGUGCUCAGCAGGUUUCGAGAAGUCCUGGCAGAAAAUGAUGUACUACCUUGGGAGAUUGUCUACAUAUUCAAACAAGUCUUGAAGGAUUUCCUGAAUUCCUUAGAGAGAGAAAAUCAACAGGUGAAGCUGAUCGAUUUGUGGAACUCAAACUGCCCUGUCAAUUUUGCAGUGUCUGGUGAUACAAACUCACACAAAGAGGAAAUCCCAACAGUCUCCAGCUACGUCGACAGGAACACACAGAGUUUAUUUCCGACUUUCUCAAACCGCAUCUGGAACUUACCAUACUACUAUCCUUCUGGUUAA